AACUUUUUAGUCACCUGGUGCAGUUUGUCUUAGGCAGUUGCCUCCGCGGACUAUGGUUGGGUUUAUCAUUUAGUGUUUGCUAAAGCUCCAAGGAUUUAAGCAGGCGUUGAGCCUAGUUGUGCGAGAUGACAUCCUCGGCCGCGGGAGAUGCUCCGAAAACGUGUCCGGCGAUUUCGUUCGCCUUCCAGAAGGAAAUCAUCAAUCGGCAGAAUGCACACAUCCGGAUGACCGACAACUUUAUGCCAAAUGUGAAGAGGGCUCCGAUUGCGGUUAAAUUUUGGUCUAAGUACGAUUCGGCCAGCGUCGAGGCGAAAAGCUCGCUAGCCAACUUCGACAAAUACUUCCGGCUGUUGGAGAAAUCCUACCAGGAGGGCCCGAAGGAGAAACACUGCGAACCCAAGACGGAGAAUCAAGCCUACGGUUGGCACACGGACGCCGUUUUUCCGGAUUCGCACCUGUUGUACAAACCGAGGAAAAAGGUGGAAAUAACCAUCAUUGGGGAGAAAAUACAGGCGGAAAAAAUAACCGAAAGGCCAAGGUUUACCGGUAUUCCGUUCAAAUUGCCCAGCUGAGGAGCGGAGUAUUUAAUUCAAAUGACAGUCAGUCUGAUUGGUUUAGCUAAAUAAAUUAAACGUUAACGAUAACAAUAACUAUCUUUCGCGCUUUCCUUCGAUGACGUCUUCUGCUCCUGCUUUAAUCGGAACGGCUUCCAAACUUUCUUCAGUAGUUUUUCCAACGUUUCGUUUCGUCCCGUUCAAGGUUCCCUCAAUGUCUCCGUUUGAAACUGACACUAUCAGGACUUCCCGGUCCUCUUUCUUCCGCUGAGAAGAAACUGGACCAAUAUAACUCAAAAACACCGGAAGUAGCACCAGUCCAUGAACGGCACCGAUCAGCACGAUUCCAAGGUACAUCCGGAAGUAGAAAAUCUGAAAAAUCUGCGAUUUGGCAAACGCCAACACAACAAUUCCAGCGAACUUGGUCAGUGUUAUGCCGGAAAAUACACUACUUCCGGUUUUUGUCAGCGACUGUUGGGAACGCUCGAUCUUCGAACCAGCUUCAUUUUUGUACGAUCGAACCGUGUGAGAGACGAAUUCGACACCGAUACCGACACUCUGUAAA